AGGGAUCCUAAUCCUGAAUUACCAGAUACCACUGUGUGUUUAGAAACUCCAGAAGGCUGUAAAGUUUAUGUUGUUGGUACUGCUCAUUUUAGUAUAGAUAGUCAGAAUGAUGUGUCAAAGGUUAUAAAUGCCACCCAACCAGAUGUUGUUAUGUUAGAAUUAUGUAAAAGCAGAAUGAAUAUUUUAGAGUUAGAUGAAAAUACUCUGUUAGAAGAAGCUAAAAAUAUAAACAUGGACAAAAUACGUUUAGCCAUAAAACAGAGUGGAGUUGUUCAAGGUGUAAUGCAUCUAUUAUUAUUAAGUAUGUCAGCACAUUUAACUAAAGAACUUGGAAUGGCACCUGGUGGUGAGUUUAGGAGAGCAUUUAUUGAGGCUCAAAGAGUUCCUGGUUGUAGAAUGCACUUAGGAGAUCGUCCUAUUCAAAUAACAUUAAAACGUGCCUUAGGUUCUUUAUCAUUCUGGCAGAAACUUAGUUUAGCUUGGUAUAUUAUUACGUCCAAAGAACCCAUCAGUAAAGAAGAAGUAGAGAAAUGUAAACAAAAAGAUUUAUUAGAACAAAUGUUGAAAGAAAUGACUGGUGAAUUUCCAGCAUUAAGUCGUGUUUUCGUUGAUGAAAGAGACAUUUUCCUAACCCACUCAUUAAAAUUUGCUGCUCGACCCAUGCUUGAAUCUCCAUCUGCUAAUGGGCUAAUACCAUCAGUAGUAGUUGGUGUUGUUGGUAUUGGUCAUGUACCUGGAAUAGUGGCUAAUUGGUCUAAAGAACAAAAUAUUGCCGAUAUUAUAACAAUACCAGAACCUUCUGCUAUAUCUCGUAUAGUCAAAUCUAGUAUUAAACUGAGUGUAUUAGGACUUGUAGUGUGGGGUUGUUAUAAAAUAAUUCACAUUAUUAUUUGA